UCAGAGACACCGGUAAUAGUCAGCGGGGCGGAUUAUGAGUCGAAGUAUCCCUGCUUAACACAGCGUAAAACAACCUACCGCUUUACCUGACUUUGACAGCUUCUUGAAGCUAUAGCUAUACCUUUGUUUUAUUUUUCAACGUCGCACUGAAGAUAACGUUAAAGCUAGAAGAUAAACGUAUCGCAGAAGAUGUCUGUGGUGGGAUUUGACUUGGGCUUUCAAAGCUGCUAUGUAGCUGUAGCCCGAGCUGGAGGGAUCGAGACAGUCGCCAACGAGUACAGCGACAGAUGCACACCGUCAUUUGUAUCAUUUGGACCACAAAAUCGAUCCAUAGGAGCAGCUGCAAAGAGCCAGGUGGUGACCAACUGUAAGAACACGGUGCAGGGCUUCAAGCGGUUCCAUGGCAGGACGUUCACAGACCCCUACGUCCAGUCAACCAAGUCUAACUUGGUGUACGACCUGGCACAGAUGCCCUCUGGAGCCGCCGGCAUAAAAGUGAUGUACAUGGAGGAGGAGAGAGUGUUCAGUAUCGAGCAGGUCACUGGCAUGCUGCUGACCAAACUGAAGGAGACUGCUGAAAGUGCACUGAAGAAACCAGUCGCAGACUGUGUCAUCUCGGUCCCGAGCUAUUUCACUGAUGCAGAGAGGAGGUCUGUCAUGGAUGCAGCUCAGAUCGCAGGCCUCAACUGUCUACGGCUAAUGAAUGAGACCACUGCAGUGACUCUGGCAUAUGGCAUCUACAAGCAGGACCUGCCAGCUCCAGAAGAGAAGCCCAGGAUAGUGGUGUUUGUGGAUGUGGGCCACUCUGGUUACCAGGUGUCAGUUUGUGCCUUCAACAAGGGAAAGCUCAAGAUCCUGGCUACAGCGUUUGAUCCAGAGCUUGGCGGGAAGGACUUUGAUGACAUCCUGGUUAACUACUUCUGUGAGGAGUUUGGGAAGAAAUACAAGCUGGACGUCAAGUCUAAGCCCCGGGCGCUGGUGCGGCUCUACCAAGAGUGUGAGAAGCUCAAGAAGCUGAUGAGUGCCAACUCCUCCGACCUGCCUCUCAACAUCGAGUGCUUCAUGAACGACAUUGACGUUUCCAGUAAACUUAACAGAGGUCAGUUUGAGGAGAUGUGUGCGGGUCUGCUGGCCAAAGUAGAGGGUCCCCUGCGCAGCGUAAUGGAACAAGCCAAGCUGAAAAAGGAAGAUAUCUAUGCAGUGGAGAUCAUUGGUGGUGCCUCCAGAAUCCCUGCUAUCAAAGAGCGAAUCAGCAAAUUCUUCGGCAAAGAGCUGAGCACUACCCUGAAUGCAGACGAGGCCGUGGCCAGAGGCUGUGCUCUGCAGUGUGCCAUCCUGUCACCAGCAUUCAAAGUCAGAGAGUUCUCCAUUACAGAUGUUGUCCCUUACUCCGUCUCCCUAAAAUGGAACUCAGCCGCAGAAGAAGGACUGAGUGAUUGUGAAGUUUUCCCAAAGAACCAUGCAGCUCCCUUCUCCAAAGUUCUGACCUUCUACCGGAAAGAGCCCUUCACCCUUGAAGCUUACUACAACAACCCCAAGGAGCUUCCCUACCCCAGCACCACUAUAGGGCAGUUCCUGAUCCAGAAUGUGGUUCCUCAGGCAUCUGGUGAGAGUGCAAAGGUCAAGGUGAAAGUUCGGGUUAACGUUCACGGUUUGUUCAGUGUAUCGAGUGCAUCGCUCGUAGAAGUUGUAAAAACAGCCGAGGGGGAGGAGCCGAUGGAGACAGACCAGACAGCGAAGGAAGAGGAGAAUAAAAUGCAGGUGGAUCAGGAGGAUCAGAAACUUCAAACUGGAGAAAAUGGAGACAAGAAAUCUGAGACUGAAGAGAUGGAGACGACGGAGGACGCAAAGCAGGAGAAGAAGAACGACCAGCCCCCUCAGGCGAAGAAACCCAAAGUGAAAACGAAGACAGUGGAGCUGCCCAUAGAGAACAAUUUGCACUGGCAGCUGUCCAGUGAAGUACUAAAUAUGUUUGUGGAGAAUGAGGGUAAGAUGAUCAUGCAGGACAAACUGGAGAAGGAGAGGAACGACGCAAAGAACAAUGUAGAAGAGUACGUGUAUGACAUGAGAGACAAACUGCACGGCGUCCUGGAGAAGUUUGUGAACGAAGCUGAUCGUGAUGCAUUCUCAUUAAAACUGGAGGACACAGAGAACUGGCUGUAUGAGGACGGAGAAGACCAACAGAAACAAGUUUACAUUGACAAACUGGCUGAAUUGAAGAAAUUCGGCCAGCCUAUCCAGGAGAGAUACAUGGAAGCUGAGGAGAGGCCGAAAGCAUUUGAGGACCUUGGCAGACAAAUCCAGAUGUACAUGAAAAUCGUUGAAGCUUACAAGGCAAAGGAUGAGCAGUAUGAUCACCUGGAUGAGCUUGAGGUGACUCGGGUGGACAAGCAUGUGAACGACGCCAUGGUCUGGAUGAACAGCAAGAUGAACCAGCAGAACAGUCAGGACCUCACCCUGGAUCCAGUGGUAAAAGUUGAGGAAAUCAAGGCCAAGACUAAGGAACUUUAUUCAGCCUGCCACCCAGUGGUAUCCAAACCUAAGCCCAAGGUGGAGCCUCCUAAGGAGGAGAAGACAGAAAAUGGACCAGUCAAUGGGCAGGAGGGAACAGAGAGCCAGCCAUGCAACCCGGACAAAGCCACAUCCGCAGGGACGGAACAGGAAACAGCGGAGAGCAAGCUCCCUGAGAUGGACAUUGACUAACUGUUGCGGCUGCCGCCCCUGAGCUUCACCCUCCGUCUGUCCUGCUACUCGCCCCCGAUUCUGUUGUUCUUUUGAGAUUGUUAUUGAUGACACAGUAGCCUCUCUCUCUUCAGGACACAGACAGCAGCAUCCCUAAUCAAUACUGCUCAUCAGUCAGCCUCCUCGGCAUGUCAUUUCUCAUUUUCUUUGAUGAAUACAAAAACAAUGCAUAAUAUUAAUAGUGAAUGGACUACUUUAUGACAUAAAAGUUGUGAGUAUGGAAUGGAAACUGCUUUCUCUGUGUUUCUUUAUAUUAUAUUAAAGAUUGUUUUUAUUCAGCAGCUCGGGAGCAUAUUUAAGCUAAGAAUGUCAGAUUUGAGGAACAGUCAGGAAAGUGGUUCUGCAGGAAAAAAACUAGUAAUAAACACAGGAUUAAUGAAAAUGUAAAAUAUUGCAUUAUGCCUAAGUAAGGUAGAGAUACAGAGGUACUUGAAAAUGAACAUGGAUUGUUUCAAAAUUGUACAUGACAAAUAGUGCAUUUUUUCACUACAAGUAAGUAACUGCUGGAUUAUUAUUAUGUAUUUAGUUUAAAAGGAAGGACGGAGUUUUUGAGUUUACUCGUACUGUAUGUUGAAACUAGAUUCUACAAGUUACUGUCAUGCAGUAUUUCAUUGUUUGGCUUUUCUCAUUCAAAAGCAAUGGUCCGUUGGUUGUUCUCUGGUAGCCUUGUAUUGUUUUUUUUCUACUCAACAGUGUGAAUGCUGGUAUAACAAAUCACCUUCUGGGUGCUGCUGUUGUUGCCGCAUCACCAAAAAAAGCAAAAAUAAAUCUUGACCAAAAAAAG